CUGAGGAUCUGGCGCUUCCCGGGUGUUUUGACGGCAUCGGCAGUCAACAAAAGACAGACAGAGAAUGGCCGCUGGAUCAAUUUUUCGCCGUUUAAUGAGGCGGCUAUUCAUCUCCACAUUGCUUCUUCCCGCAUGCCAGUCCUUCCACCAGCCGCUCUACAAUGGUCAACUACGACAGCAAGCAUCCCGGCUGUCUUCUCUUCGUGAAGGCGAUGCUGCGUUGAAUCGGAGGUUGUUCGUAGAUCAGCAGCUUGUACUGCCCAUCGCCAUGUCACCUUUAGUGGCGACAGCAGGCGUGCAUGCGGCUGAGGAGGGGCCGCCCACUCCUGCUACUGCUCCACGGAUAAGCGAUCGGUGUUAUUUGGACAUGGAGUUGAAUGGGAAGUUGCUGGGCCGGGUUGUGGUUGGGCUGUGGGGGGAGGAGGCACCCACGAGCGUACAGACGUUUGCACAGGUGGGUGGGACGGAGAGGGGAUGGAUGCGAUGCAUUGGAUGGAGGCAGAGCUGGAGAGCUGGACACGCCGUUCUGUUAUGUGUUUGUUGUGUGUGAUUGCAUUGAUGCAUUGCCUCAUUGCCUGCAGUUGUGCGGCAAGACCUAUCCCGGCGGUCUGUCAUACGCCUACAGCGCCAUGUCCAAAGUGUUCCCCAAUCAGUUGGUCGUGCUGGGCAAGAUCACCGGGGACGGCACAAAGAAGGUUGACAAGAAGAUCGACGAGACGGGGAGAGUGCGGGUGACUUACACCGACAGGGCCACCUACGAGACCGCCAACACCGAUUCGCCGUCAACCAGCCAUUCGUCAGAGGGGCUCGUGUCUGUCAGGUGCGAUGCGCUGCGGCCGGCCAUUUUUGUGUUGUGCAUGUGAUGUUAUGUCCCGUGCCUGCCUGCCUGCAGGCGUGGCGGUGGCACCUUUGAGUUUGGCGUCACUCUGCAGCCGAUGCCCGACCUUGACAGAGACUACAUUGUCAUUGGCCAGGCGAGGAAGGAGCUCACACACAGACAGACAUACACGCAUUCAUCCCCCCGUCUGCUUCCUUCGUGUAUGUGUGUGUGCAGGUGUUGGAAGGCAUGGAUGUGAUCAAAAGGCUCAGUAGGGUCAAAUAUAUCCCUCCAGAAGACCUUAGAGUCAGGAAACUGACUGGCCACACAAUGAAUGGAUUGACGAGGCCCAAUGUUCAUGUCUGUCUGUCUGUCUGCCUGUCUGUCUGCUUCUGUUAGGAGGCUUUUCGGAGUGUGGCCAAGGCGAUAGGUGACCCGAGGGCCAGUGGUGGCGGCGAUGCAUACUCGCCCGUUGCCAAAGUCAUUACCAAAAACGUUGGGCUAUUGUGAGAUCAGAGAGGGAGGGGGAGGGGAUGGGCGGUUUUGCCGUGUAGAUAUCUAGAUGUUUGGGAGAGCUGCAGCAUCUCAGUGAGUGUCUAUGGUGGCAAUCGGUAGACAGACAGACGUAUGGACACGAAGGAAGGAAGGGCUGUAGAAUGAAGUUAACUAAGUUGGUCGACACGUCAGAUUCAGGCGAUUCGUGGUCUGUCUUUCUGCCCAUCCGCCCAUUAGGAACAGCUAGCCAUACACUCGAUAAAUGCAAUGCCUGCCCUGCCUGGCAGC